CAUAAAAACCUCAGUCUUUCGUGAACAUCAGUGUUAGAGAUCACAUUUGAGUUGGCACGAUGGUUUUGGACGAGUUCAUUCAUGCACAGGAACAUCAGCCGCACAGGAACGGAUCACACAGACUGAAGCUCGAGGAUGAGGAUGAUGAAGGCAAAGGUGUCGUUCAGGUCCACAGUAAAUGGAACAACAUCCAUCUGUCUCUGGUGUGUGUGUUGUUGGGUGUUUCUCUCAUAGCUCUGCUGGACUGCUGUCGCUCCUCCUCUGACUGGGUUUUGCUGGGUUCUGGCGGGUCCAUCUGGGACUGGACAUCUGUGUGUGUGGUUCUGCUGUUCACCGUCCUGCAGGGGGCGCUCUAUCAUCUACCUGUGGGACAGGUGACAGAAGGCAAGAUGGGCUGUAAUGGAAAGCGUUUAAAAUACAAACUCAACGGUCUGUAUGCGUUCCUGCUGAGCGCGGCUCUGUUGUCGGCGCUGUGGUUCUGUGGGGCCCUGCGGGCCGGAGCCGUGACGGACCGGAUCUUCUCUCUGGUCAGCGCUGGCAUGGCCGUCUCUCUUCUGCUCAGCCUGGCGCUGUACCUGCGUCCCAUCAACACACACGCCUCCGCACUGGUGCACUACGACAACACAGCGGAUCCCCUGCUGAAGUUUAUUCUGGGUCAGAAUAUGGAUCCUCGUCUGGGCAUCAUCGACGUCAAACACUUCCUCAUGGUCAGGGUUGGAUUCAUCGGCUGGGCCAUGAUGGAUCUGAAUUAUCUCCUGACCGCUGUAGAGAUGAAGACCUCGCUGUCUCUCUCUCUGCUGCUAGUGAUCGUCUUUCAUCUCAUUUACAUACUGGACUUCCUCAUCGAUGAGGAGUCUGUGCUGACGACCAAAGAGUUCACAGAAGAGCCGAUCGGGUUCAUCAUGAUUCUGGGCGAGUUCAUCUGGAUCCCGUUCUUCUCCAGUCUUCCUGUUUACUUCCUGCUUCAGAGGCCCAAUCAGAUCCACUUCCUGUUUGCCGUGUUCAUCUGCCUGCUCUUCGGUAUUGGCUUCCUGAUUUAUUACCUGUCCAACGAGCAGAAAGACGGUUUCCGCAGAAACCCAAACGACCCGGCCUACGCUAGUCUGCACACAAUCCGAAGCCCGUCAGGAAGACGUCUCCUGGUUUCCGGAUGGUUCGGAUGGGUCCGACACCCUAAUUAUCUAGGAGACAUCCUGAUGAUGUUUGCCUGGUGUCUCCCCUGCGGGUUCUCCAGCAUUGUGCCGUACUUGCCAGCGCUGCAGUGCUUCCACUUACUGAGGCAACGAGCAAACGAGAUCGAAGGUUCGUGCCUGAAGAAGCACGGCGACGCCUGGAGAGAGUACUGUCGCCGAGUGCCACGCAAACUGGUGCCUUAUGUGUACUGAACUUCUCAUAUCUCUAAUGCGGAGACCUUUUCUGUACAGAAACGCUUAUCAAAGCAUGGCUCUUUUGGUGUGUUGUUAUUCCUAG